AUGCAGCGGAGUGCAGUGGUCGUGGUGGCGGAUAAAAUGAGCCUGAAAAGGCCGUUUAUUUUUGCAAACGCUGUGCAUAUGGCACUGUGCUUCUUCAUGUUGACGAUGACAGUAGCGUGGCAUAGAGACCUGAUACAAACUGGCAAACUGGUGUCCAAUGUUUCUGUAGUGAUCAUGUACGUUGUAGAGAUCGGCUGCCUGCUGCUCUCGGUGCUCGGUGUGAUUGGAGCCUGUGCAGGAAAGAGAUGGUGUUUGAUUCUGUAUGCAACUGGGAUGGCGGCAGCCAGUCAAACAAUAAUUGUCAGAACAGCACUAAGUUACCAAGAUGUUUAUGAGAAACGUGUGGUCCGUGAGGAGACAAAGUUGCUGUCCAUGAUGCCACUUACUGGAACCAGCAAAGCCAACAGGACCCUGCUGUACAGUAUUCAACAAGAAUUUGAGUGCUGUGGUCUUAUUGAAGGCUAUAAAGACUGGGGUGCCUCCAUCCCUGCCUCCUGUAACUGUCACUAUCCAGGGAAAUGCAUUCGACUACGAGGCAGCGCCACACUGGGGGCGCCAAAGAACCAGUACGUUUAUCAAGAGCCUUGUUUUCCAAUUUAUGCUUCUGAACUGAAGCUUGCAUUCUCAUUGGCGAUGGCUGUGCAGUUUGGAAGUGGAGUAUUUUGGGUGGUUCUACUCGUUAUGAGCAUCAAGCUGAUGGGCCAGAUAAAAAGAAAACAGGAGUUCAUAGCUCUUCUCCAAUCAAACAGAUAUGUUCCUGGUGCCUUCUAG